AUGUCGCAGACGAUCGCUACGUCUAGAAACCGCCAGGUGGGCGUGACGCUGCGGUCGACGGUGCCAAGAACAGUGCUCAAGUUUCUGCAUGAUACAGACGAGAUCUCCCUAUCAGCGUGCAAAUUCGCCACGUCAAUCGACGGGGCUUUCCUGGCAAUUGCUUACGAGUCACAGUAUGUUCUUUGCGCACUGGUCUCGGUUGGCACGGAGGCGUCGAUAUCAGGGCAGGCGGCAGUGUGCGUGGCGGUUGGCUACGAGACCGGGCAUCUGCGAAUUUUCUCGCAGCACGGCCACCUGCUUACCACGCACUGUCUGCAUGGCGCCGCACUGCUUGGCAUCCGUGUGCGCAUGGAGGAGCUCGGCGCCGAGGAAGUCAAUCUGACGUUUGCUGAUGGUCACCUGGUCAGCAUUGACGGGCAGUCGCUGUACCUGGCGCUGCGGCUGUGCGUCGACGCGUCGGCCGAGGAAUGCCCGGGGUUCGCGUACAAGAAGUGGCGGUUCGGCCACGAGCCGCUGGCUGGGCUGGCCAAAGCGCACAGCUCAGUGGAUGCAGUGACCGCGCGGUUCCUGGUGGCGCCGCAGCAGGGCGCGGCCCUUGGGGGUCGGCGGAUAUUCGCCGGGCGCGUGGCUAUGCGUGUCACAGGGGCGGUGCUGGGCCUGGCCAAGUCGUAUCUGUUCCGCGACCCGGCUCCGGCCGAGGCCGCGCAGGGAGCUCUGGUGCCGUGCCUGUUCUGGCUGCACGACCCGCCGCGUCGCGUGCUGGAGAUCGCAGAAGCCCCGGGCAACCAAGUGGCGGCGUGUCGGGACGGACUGGGGCGGAUUAUGCUCAAGGGUGUGCGUGGCAGCCAGUGUGCGUGGAUGGAGAAAUCCGGCCUGGCUGUGUUUGAAGGCAGCACGUAUAGGAGCAUCGGCAGCUCCGCCAUUGGGCUUGGGUGGACUUUGGUGCAGGCGCCAACGCAGCCGCUGGGCGCAUCGCUGGCGGCCGUGCAGCCCAUGCACCCAGCGCAGUGCCUGCUGGUGGGUACCUCGGGCGAUGUGUCGCGCGUAGAUAUUUUUAUUUAA